AUGGGAAAGAUAGGCGUGAUGCCAUAUCUCAAUUGGUCCGCCCUCCCGGUCAUUCUCACCCACGUCAACGGGGAUGAUGGACGCAUCCUGGUGGUAGACACUCAAGAUGUCUGUCUUUCACAGCGGACCACCGAGUUUGCGGUGGUUCAAACCCUUGGGGCGCGUAGCGUAACGCCACCCAAAGAUGUCGUUUUCUGCCCCUCGGAGACGAGCGACCAUUCCGGGACCCCUCUCAUCAUCCUACGACCAGUGGUCCGGAGCUCGCUCCCCCCGAAGCACCGGAAGCGCUAUCCUCCUGUCAAAAGGUCCUGGGAGGGACUACGCGACUCAAUUAGAGUUGAGCCAAACGACGGAGACAGCCAAUCUAUGAAUAACCAAGCAUCGUACGAUCUCCCGAGCUUGCGCGAGGACGGAGGCGGUCGUUUUGUUGUUCGUACUAGUUCUAGAUGA